AUGGAACCUCCAUCAUCACCCUCCUCUACCAUUACUGCCCCACCUGACUAUCGUGAAAACUCUCGGAGGUUAGCGAAAUUGAUCGCGGAGGCUAUGACCUGCCGUUACGCCCUCCUGCAUUAUGACAGCGCCUCGAAGUCCAUGAUUGAAUGGUAUUGGCCUGCCGAUAGUGAUGGAGAGAGGAUUCCGCCGUCCCAUCUAGAGAAGUACCGCAACGGACACGAUUUUAAAUACCCGUGUUGUCUAUGCGCUGAUGGCGGUGGAAGAGGGGCGUACAUGGAGGCGGCAGUGUACUCUUGGCGGAAUGAGAUUGCCGGGAAGACUGAUUGGAUUGCAAGAUGUGCAUCAGAUAUAUGCGGAUACCGUGUGAGAAUCGACGUGUAUUUCCAAUUAUCGUCUUUGGGCACCUUCCAAUACCCGCAAAGAGAUCCAGAACAACGAAUCUUGCCUAUCGGACUCGAGUGGGACCACAGAGAGCAAGCAGAAUUGUUGAGCAGGCUUGGCUCUGCCGAUGGCGAUGGGAUUCCGGCGAGGGAGUUCCGUGUUCUGUUUAAGCGCUGCAAAAAAUGCAUGCGAGUCAGAAACAUCAAGAACAUCGUCGUCAAGCUCCUCACCAUCAUUAGCUAUCACUCCAUCCUCCUCGUCCUCCUCGUCACUGCUGGUCACUGUGACUUAGGUAUCCACAAAGGCGCGGAAUGCACGAUCUUCAUACAGAAGGGCGGUCAGAAACUUACACGAGGCAGUUCACAUACCUGUUCUGUGAAAUACUCGAAGAGCGGCGCAUAUCUCCAUCCUUUGAAUUACUUUCAUUUCGAGCACUUUGUCCUUAUUCGAGAGAAUGACACGUGGAAGGGCGCACCAACCAUCGAGGAUGGAGACGCGGAUUUUGUGAUUGAUAUCGUUGGAACUAGAGAAGAUGGUCACAACACGUUUAACGUCAGUACCACAGGAUUAUUUUGCAUCUGUUACGGUAACUUGGCCGAUGAGUCAAACAACAAGCAUCAAAGCAAGGGUUCCACAUCUUCAUCUGGAUCAGCGGAUCUCCUACAAACCCUCGACUGUUUGUUCGCUGCCCCUUCGCUUUCUCUUGCUAUGCGGUUUCAUCCCUUCAAUCCAUUUGUGACUUAUCAGACCACAAUCGGUCGUAGUUGCGCACUGGUACAUAUGAAGCUAUCCGAAGUUUCUAAGGAACGGUUGGUCCUUACAGAUGCUGCAACGAUUAAACCUACUCCACCAUCGCUUUCCACAGCACAGACGGAUCAGAUGUUUUGGAAAGAUCUCCGAUGUCCUCCUAUUCCGAGACAACUCCGUCAUAACCCUGAUAAGCCUUUCCACUUCGGAAUGUUGCUCAAUGUAUCUUUCGGCAUAGGCACCACUUUGGUUGUUGCCAACCUGUACUAUUGCCAACUAACAAAAAGGGGAAAAAAUCUAUCCUUGAUGAAUGUCUCCGAAGUUCAAUUAUCGGCUUCUUUCUAUAUCACAUAUGACGAAGGGGCAAGAAUACCGACGGUUUUCAAGUCCUUAUUUAAUGUAGCCAUUGGAGACAUGGCUCACGGCGUAUUCCGAAUCCAAAGUAGGAGUCCCCUAGCAGCGAACGAAUUCGAAAUUCAAACUCAGGGCCGGGCCUAG